CUGCAGUGCUGACCAAAGGUAAUUCCUGCAGGUUGGGUCUAAUGUUGUGUUUGGUCCGGUUUUGAAAGGCUCGGGCAAUCGCAAAGAUGACAGCUUUAAGUGGAAAGGUCCAAACGGUGCUUGGGCUGUUGGAUCCAGCCCAGCUGGGCCGCACCAUGACCCACGAACACCUGACCAUGACCUUCGAGUGCAGCUACGUCUCACCGGCGCCUGGAGAGGAGUUGGCGUCGGAGGCACCCAUUGAAAUGCGUAAUCUGCACUGGCUCCGACAGAACCCAUACAGCAGUCACGAAAACCUCUUGCUCUGUCAGGAGAUCGAGGCGGUCCGAGAGGAGUUGCACUACUACCGGCGGGCAGGAGGGGGCACCAUUGUGGAGAACACGACCACAGGCAUCUCGCGGAACCUUCCCGCAAUGAAGCAGCUGGCCAAAGACACAGGUGUUCACAUCAUAGCGGGGGCUGGGUACUACGUUGACGUGACUCAUUCGGACCAGACCAAGAAAAUGACAGUGGAGAAGCUGACUGACAUCAUUGUGAGCGAAGUGCUUCAUGGCGCGGAUGGUACAGACAUUCGCUGUGGUGUUAUUGGUGAGAUUGGUACCAGCUGGCCAAUCACAGAGAGCGAGAAAAAGGUGCUGAGGGCCACUGCACAUGCUCAGACCCAACUCGGCUGCCCUGUCAUCAUCCAUCCGGGCCGGCACACCACUGCCCCCACAGAGGUGGUGCGCAUUCUGCAGGAGGCCGGGGGAGACAUCUCCAAAACGGUCAUGUCACACCUGGACAGGACCAUCUUUGACUAUGGUGAGUUGCUGGAAUUUGCCAAGCUGGGCAGCUAUCUGGAGUAUGACCUGUUCGGAACAGAGAUGCUGGACUAUGCCUUUAACCUGGAGAUUGACAUGCCCAGCGACAGUCAGAGGGUGCAGGCGUUGUCCUUCCUUGUGAAGGAGGGAUACGAAGACCGGAUUGUUAUCGCACAUGACAUUCACACUAAGAACCGCUUGAUGAAAUAUGGCGGGCAUGGCUACUCUCACAUUCUGAAGAGCAUUGUGCCCAAGAUGCUGUCUAGAGGGAUCUCUCAGAACCAAGUGGACAAGAUCCUGAUCGAUAAUCCUAAACACUGGCUAACGUUCAAAUGAGUCAAUGUUUAUACUAAUUGCUAUCCAUCAAGGAAAUUGUAUCACUUCAGAGUGAUUAAGGUUUUUUUUUGGUGCUAUCACAGAAAGUAAUGAUUGACCGAAGUUUCAUUUUUGCACAGAACCUAAAAGUAAAGGUCCUAAAUGUGAUCUACCAGUGCAAUAAGUUUUAAACUGUAAUGUGUGUUCAGUUAUGUCCUUUGACUGAAAGGAUUGACUAAAAAAGUUACUGUGAAAUGAAGGGUGCAAUUUUAUAAAUCUCCAAAUCUUUGAAUGAAAACCAGUGCUGACAGUCUUAUGAAAUAUUUAUACUAAUAAAAGGCUGAUUACUAAAGUAAUUAAAGAUUAACAUAUUUACAAAGGGAACAUUUUAGUAACCUUUCAGUGUUCACAAAUCUUAUUUGGCUGUGAACACUAGACAAUGGUGUUGCUAGGAAAGUCCUCUAAAUCCAAUUUCCAGGUAUACAAAGCAAUAAUUAAACUGGACAUAACUGCAGAUUUCAAAUGGUGCUAUAAAAAUGUGGUGCAAUGCCUUGUUUUUUGACAGUGUUUUUCAGCUUUGUUUAUAUGUUUUCUAAAUAUGAUUUCUUUGUCAAGUUUUCCCAUCAACAAAUGGAAAUCAGAGAACAAUGUCAUGCUAUCAGGAAACAUUAAAAUAAUUUCUGUUUCUAAUCA